GCGGAGGGGGGCGUUGCUAAGUGGCGGAGUUGUGUUGUGUUGUGAUGCUCACCGAGAAAGUUUCUCAGCGAAUUCCCUGCCCCGUUUCGUGUUGCUGAGCGAGGAGAGAAAAUUCCUGAGGAGAGCGAGUGGAAUCGGAGAUCUCAGGAGUCAUUGGGAUAACCGGGAGCGUGGCCGCCGGCAGGACAGAGUUCCAGAAGAUUCUGUGGGAGCCGCGGUUAGCGAGUGUUUGCACCAUAUGUAGUCAGAAGAGAAGAUCUGUUGGGCUGUAGACGCCCUUGAAAACUGUCACAGUGUUUGUACAAAAGUGUUUGCGGAUAUUUGCACAGAAACCCUUCUCAUGCAGGUUAAUGACGGGUCAAGGCGUCAGCAAGCGUGUCUCAAGACCUUCAUGAUGAAGAGAUCACCGACUUGGAAAUAUACCAUUGAUGAAUCAGGAUCCUGCAACUUCCUCCCUAAUGGCAUUGUGGGCUAUUUGUACCUAUUAGACUGCAGCAGUUCAAGGACGCAGCUCAAGAGCACUAUCUAAGGGAGAUGGAGAAGAUGACAGAGGAGCUGCACAUAUUGACCAAGGAACAGGAUGUCAAGACGGAGAUUCAGGCAGAAUGUGAGGAUUUUACCCGAGAUGAACACGACGACACAUCUGAAUCCCCCGUCGAAGAGAGCAAACACUAGAAGAGCAGCACUGAAUCCCAUUCUUGCAAUAUCCCACAGAGAGAAGGAAGAAGAAAAGGAAGAACAGUUAAUGGAAGAAAAGAAAAGGAAAAAAGAGGACAAGAAAAAGAAGGACGCCACUCAGAAGGUUACAGAACAAAAAACCAAAGUGCCCGAAGCGACGAAGCCAAGCCUAAGCCAGCCUCCAACUGCCACCCCAGUUGGCAGCGUUCCAACACCAGCCGCCAACGGUGGUAACAAUGCCAAAAGGGCGGUGGCCACCAACGGCCAGCCACAGAACGCCGCCCGCUAUCUGCCCCGUGAGGUGCCUCCUCGAUUUCGCCAGCACGAGCACAAAGUGUUACUAAAACGUGGUCAGCCCCCUCCACCUUCUUGUGGGCUUCUUGGAGGUGGGGCGGGGCCUCCUGGGUUGCCAGGAUCAAACCCUGGCGCUGCACAACCAUUGACGCAAUCCAACUGUCCACUGCAGCACGGCAGUACACCAGUGGACGCUAACCCUGGGGGUGCUGGUUCAAAUUAUGCAAAUUCUGCUUGGGGUUCUGGAUCGUCCAGCACUGACCUCAAUCACGGCUGGGAUAAGUUAAUCGUAGACGGGUCUGAUAUGGAGGCUUGGCCUUGCAUCACAGGCAGGGACUCUGAGUCAGCUUCGGAACACGUAGACAACGAAGGUGCCUCAAACUUUGGCUCCGAGAAGAGCCUGCCACCAGGAAGUGGCGCUGCCAGGAGCUGCAAAGGAGCUGCAAACCAGUUCGCUGCUGGGAGCGGAAAGAAUGAAUGUAAAUUGGGGGCCUGGAACAUGGGCCUCGUGCCUAAACCCAGUCAUGCAUCUUCCAUCUCUUCGGAGAGCAAAGACGGACUUAACAAUUGGAAAAACUUGAGCAACCCUGAUGGAGCUGGCCUUGGGUUGACUUUGAACCCAAAUAUCAACCCAUCAGCCUGGCCAGUGUUGGGUCAGGAGGGCAAUUCUGGAAAAGGGACUUUGGAGACUGAUGUUUCAAGCUCCAGUGCACAACUCAGUGCAGUAGGUCAAAGCCCUAGGGAUCAGGAUGGUACUUCUGCAAGCGCCUGGGCAAAUAAGUCAAAAACGGAAAAUGCGGGUGUUACAUGGAAUGCUUCUGUUGGAGAACAGCCUCAAGCUCUUAACACUGAUGGACCAAAUAAUGGCGACACUAACUCUUUGAAUGCAAACUCACAGAGCACCGGGAACCCUUUGCAAAAUAAGGGAGUGUCUGAUACAACAGGAAAUGGGACCUGGAACAUGCCCAUGGGAAUGGGUUUGGGAAACCCCUUGGUAUUGAAUCAGUCUGUGAGCACUGAAGCCUCAUCCGAAGGCAGUAUUAGAGGAACUAUGGAGGGACGGGGAACUGGGGGAUCUUGGAAUACAGUUUGGGGAUCUUCUGGAACUGAUUCAAUAUCUGGACAAAAUGGUACAGGAGCUGAUGGCAAUAGUGGACGCAACAGUGAUGAUACAGCAAAGGCUGGCUCUGGUUUGAAACAGUUACUGGUGAAUAGAUCAAGAACUGAAUCAUGGGAUAGUAAUAGUGGAUCUUGGGACUCUGAGGCGCAAGACCCCAACAAAGCAAAAAAUUGGGGCAAAGGGAACAGAACAGCAUCAGGUGGUGCUCAGGGCUUGUGGGGGCAACAGCCAGGGACUGAUAAUCGCUCAGAAGGGGAGUGGAGUGGCACUCCUAAUGAACAGAAUUGUGGCACAGGCGGUUGGGACAAUCAUAGGGUAAAUCCCCUCCCAGAAAACCAAGGAGAGAACUCCCAAAAUUCCAACUGGGUGAAGGCCUCUAGUUCCACUGGGAGUGAUUCUGGUAGUCGAAAUAACAACAAAAGGGGGGGCUCAGAAAACCACCCAGGAGGACGGCGCUUAAACAAGACUGAUCCCCUUGACCAGGAGGAGGUAAUACAGUCUGUGAUAAGUAGGUCUGAUCUGGAUCCUAGAGUGUUGUCAAAUACUGGGUGGGGCCAAACUCAAAUUAAACAGAACACAGUCUGGGAUGUGCAGGAGUCACCAAGGAAUGAGAGGCGUACUGACAGAGGAACAGAAGGGUGGGAGAGCACCACCACUCAGAGCACUAACUCAGGGGGCUGGGGUGAAGCAUCCAGUCAGAGCAGUCACUGCAACUCUGGGUGGGGAGAUGCUCCACAGUCUUCAAACAUGGAGUCUGAUAGUCCAAGUGGAUGGGUGGACCCAAAAAAUAGUCAAGGUUGGGGAGGUGGAACACCAGAAGAGAAAGCACCAUCAUGGAAUGAUGCGCCUAGGAUCAAGGAACCUGGUUGGGGUGCAAGACAGCAACCAACUCAAGGUUGGUCCCCCAACAAUGGUUGGGGUGACGGAAGUGGACAACCAGCUGAACAACCAAAAGCAGGUGGAUGGGACAGUUCAAACUCCAGGUGGGGCGAUAGUGGACGUGGUGAAGUAGGAUCUUGGGGUGGUGGUAACUCUAAUUCAAACCAGAGAAGUGGGUGGGAGGAUCCAACACGACACCAGGGAUGGGGUGAGCCAUCAAAAACAGCUGCCAGUAAUUGGAAUAAACAACAAGAUGUCUCUGGCUCUUGGGGCACAAACUCUGCAGGGAAUCGGCAAUCAGGACCUGGCUGGAGCUCAGCCUCUGUGCCACCUGCACCCAUCCCAGUUGUGCCAAAGGAAGAAGAACCUACUGGAUGGGAAGAACCUUCACCACAGUCCAUCUCCCGAAAAAUGGAGAUCGAUGAUGGCACCUCAGCCUGGGGUGAUCCCAACAGCUACAACUAUAAGAAUGUGAAUCUGUGGGACAAGAACUCCCAAAGUGAGAGCUCUGGAAGUGGACCGGCGCCACGGGAGCAGAAUGCAGCCAAUGUGGUUACAGGGCGAGGUUCCACAUCAAGUUCUGGUUCAAAAGCUAUGCAAGAUGGAUGGGGUGGUGGUGAUCGACCUACUGUGGCAAGUACCCGCCCCCCAAGCUGGGAAGAAGAAGAAGAUGGUUCAAUUGGCCUGUGGAAUAGUGCUGGAACUCAGGAGAGUAGUUCACCCUACAACUCAACUAACUGGACCUCGAGUGGAAAGAAAAUUCAUAAGGGCUCCAUGAAAGGUGGAAACAAUGACACAUGGAUAAACCCUCUCUCUACGCAAUUUUCCAAAAUGGGAUUACUGAGGGAGCCUUCAGAAGAUGGUGUUGGUAACAAAAUGGACUUAGCUGUUGUUGGUCUAUCUGACAAAAAGCUGGAAUCUGACAAACGUGGAAUGAACAUGGAUUACAAUGGAAUGAUGAGGAAGGAUCGAUCAGGAUUCCGGCCACCAAAUUCCAAAGACUCGCCCACUGCAGACAGUGGACCCUAUUUUGAGAAGCUGACUUUGCCUUUCUCCAAUCAAGAUGGGUGCCUGUCUGAUGAGGCACCUAACUCGCCCUUCUCCCCUCCUCCGAGCUGCAAGCUGUCUCCCUCGGGCACUGCUCUACCCACCGCCAGCCUCGGCUGCAUCGGCUCUGGUCUUAACAUGCAAAAUAUAAACGCUAGACACAAUGGCAAUCAUGGUUUAUUUGGCGGUAGCACAGCACAAUCUAGGGGUGUGCAUACACCUCAAGUGCAACCCAUGAAUUCAUCCCAGCCUAACCUUCGAGCUCAAGUGCCUCCACAAUUCCUACCCCCUCCUCAGGUUCCUGCCUCCAUGUUGAAGCAUACUGCUCCGAAUGGUGCCCUGAACCCAGCCCUAUUUAGCCUUGGUCCUCAAUUAUCCCCUCAACAAAUAGCUAUGCUCAGUCAACUUCCUCAACUCCCACAGCUCCAAUUGGCUUAUCAGCUCUUGAUUCAGCAACAACAGCAGCAAGUGCUGCAGAACCAACGAAAGCUCUCCGCUGCUGUCCGACAACAGCAAGAGCAGCAGCUUGCCCGUAUUGUAAGUGCUCUGCAGCAGCAGCAGCAGCAACAGCAACAACACCGACAUAACACCCCUGGGAUGAAACACUCACCGUCGCACCCUGGCAUACCCAAGCAGCACCUGGAUAACGUUGUGCCUAAUUCUCUUCCCUCUGGCCUUCCAGACUUCCAGACCAAAGGACAGCUUCAGCCGGGUUACCCAAUGGGUCUGGGUUCAAAUAUGAACGUAAACCAAUUAGACGUCAACAGUAUUGUAGGAAUGAAGGAACCUCAGUCCCAGCAAUCUCGGCUUAAGCAAUGGACAACUAUGGAGGGUCUUUCACCAGCCACUCCGCCACCCGAUCACAACCCCCUCAAAAACGGUGCUAUUUCGAGCAGCAUGGCACCACCAAAGUCUCGAGAUAGUUUGCCCUAUUAUGAAAUGAUAGCUGGUGACUCUUUGGCCAGUCAUUCGGGUCCUGCAAGUGAUAACUGGUCCACCCCGAAGCUCUCAAAUGGUUCCAGCAGCUCCAGUUGGCCUCCAGAAUUCCGUCCUGGGGAGCCAUGGAAGGGUUUUCAAAACAUUGACCCUGAAUCAGAUCCGUACGCGACGCCAGCGAGCAUGAUAAACAGCUCUGCAGCACCCCCAUCCCCGGACUCAGAACACCAACUUCUCAGGGACAGGAGCACAGGGUCCAGUUCCUCCCUGAACACCUCGCUGCCUUCACCCGGUGCCUGGUCCUAUAGUGCCUCAAACAGCUCCUACAGCACCGUACAGAGCACUUCAGCCAAGUUCAACGACUUCAAGUCAACGUGGUCUCCAGAUCCAAUCGGACAUCCCAGGAUGUGGAAGAAUCAGAUGUCAUCUAAAAACACUAACCCACCAACCCGGCCACCACCUGGAUUGACCAAUCAGAAGCCCCCGUCAUCUCUUUGGGGUAGUGGUGCACCCCGUUUCAGCAGAGGGUGGGGUGUGCAGGACUCGCGAUAUGCCCUGAGUUCAAACUGGGGUGAUGGCAGUUCGGGUGGAUCUGUUCGGGUCAGCUCCUGGCUUGUUCUUCAUAAUCUCACUCCACAGAUCGAUGGCUCCACCCUGCGAACAAUCUGCAUGCAGCAUGGCCCGCUGAUAACAUUCCACCUGAACCUGACACACGGCACUGCACUGGUCCGAUACAGCACCAAGCAAGAGGCUAUCAAGGCCCAGACUGCGCUGCACAUGUGUGUGUUGGGGAACACUACCAUCCUUGCUGAGUUUGUCAGUGAAGAGGAAGUCAACCGCUAUUUUGCACAAGGUCAGUUAUCAACACCAUCCCCAGGCUGGCAGACACUGGAGACAGGACAGAGCCAGAUGGAUCCAGUUGGGAGCAGCCUUCACUCGUUUGGCGGGCGGUCUGGCCUGGGACAGUGGAACAGUGCCGGAGGAGUGGGCAGGGGUAGCGGGAACCUGGCAGGAGCCUCACUUUGGGCAACCCCAAGCUACACGGCAAGCUUGUGGGGAGCCCCGAAUUCCGAUGAUUCGCACCGAAUGGGCAGUCCGGCCCCCCUACUACCUGGUGACCUCCUGGGCGGAGGGGCUGAUUCAAUUUGAACUUUUAAGCUUUCAACCUUUGACCUGUGACCUCGUGAACUUUUUUGAACAGCAGCACUAAUGUGUUUUUUUUCAAACUGCAAUAAGUUUCAAAACAAGUUUAAAAAAAAAAAGGAGAAAAAAAAGAAAAAAGUGAAACAAAUUAAGGGGGUCAUCCACAGUCUCUUUUGUGCACAUAGACACCUCCCUCCUAAUUUUCGGCUACUUUUUUUUAAUCAAAAAAAAACAAAAAACAAAAAAAACAAAAAAACAUAUCACACUUCAAAAUACUUGAAUCAUGAACGCCAACAUUAAAAAUGUGAAGUACACUUUACCAUCAAAAAUAAAUAAGUUUUUUUUAAAAACAGUAGUAUAGUUUUUCCUUACAUGAUUUUCCCCCCCCCUCCCCCCCACCUCUGUAUUGAGAAGUUGUUGCAACAGGACAUUUACUGAAUACACACACAGGCUUUUUAAAACUUUUUUUUGCACUGGGCACGUUUCCGUCCUCUAACAUGCAAUAGCGGAGACGCGACAGAACCUCACGUAUUAAAGCUAGUGAUUGACCAGGACAGAUACUGAACCUAGUGGUUGCUUAUGUACAUGUUAUAGGACAUUAUUAUGCACCAGUACCAGCCAUGUACCCUUAACACACCAUAUGCACCUGCCUUUCAGUAGGCAUUGUAUGUAUUAAUAUCACGCAUGCAUCAUGUGGCGGAAGAGGAACCUUAGCACAAAAUUCUCCAACUGCUUCCUAAUAAAUAAAGGCACAAUCAGGGUUAAUACCAAAUCUCACAGACCGGAGUGUGUUUCAGGUUUGAUUUCUGAUCUGUGCUGAUUUAGUUUAUCUAGGCCAUAAAAGGCAGCAAUGGUGUAAGGGUUGCUAUUGAUCUUAAUGUCCCUGUCCCACCUCGCUCCCCCCUCAAAAGCUUGGCAGGAGGGAUGGUAGAAAAAAUUGUCCAAGGUUCCCAUUUGUGAUCCCUAUCCAAUAACCCUUGUCAGAGGGUUUGUACAUAUUAGCUGUUGGGUGGAGACAGGGUUGGGCUCAGUUGAAAUGCCCUAUGGUUGAAUAUCCUACCAACACUGAAUGUCUAGGGUCCUGGAUAAAUAAUAGCUUUUUGGGAGAGAGAAGGUGGCUGCUGAAGCAAUGACUCAGCAGAACUGAAUACCUUCAGUAAGGGGGGGGGGGGGGGGGGUGGGGAGAAGAAGAGAAAGCUUUUCAGCAUUAAGUCCAUCUUCCAAAAGAUGAGUGGAGAGCUGUAUUUACAUCAGAGCUGCUUCUCUUUCAUGAAAGGCUUCGGGCUGAAUUAGUAUUAUUACUCCAUAGAAAUUUGCUGUCUUUACUACAAGGCGAUACUGUUCCACUUCUCUCCUCCAUUGCCUCCUUCAUCCAACCAAAAGUUGUCUUAACUAAUAUCAGUUGAUAAUUAAGAUGCUCCUAGCCCUUCACUACUAUGCUACUUAUUUUGUGCUAUAUUUAAGGUCUGCUUAUUAUAUUUUUCAAUAGUAAAUUUUUACACAUCCAUUUAUAUCACAGCACAUGCCUAAAACAUGCAGUGAUGAUGUUGCCGCAUUUGACGGUGUCAUCUUAUCACUAUCGCUGCAGCUAACUGAUCUUGUGCUGUCAAUAGUUGAUCACGCGCUAUUAUUUAGCAACGCAAUAGUAUUUUUUUCCUUAAGUGGGCAAUGUGCUGCCCUCAAACUGCUACACUCAAAUGACAUAAGCACUUAAAAAUAAAGUAGGUUAGAAAAAUUAGUGUAGAAGUUUUCAAGUUAAAUUUACGUGUUGCACUCAGUUCCAAAGUGUUGGGGGGACUUACAUUGUGUACUGUAACAAGCUUUAUCAUUUUGUAAACUGGGGGUUCAUGGUGGGUCAGUCAUUUCCCCCACCUUCACCCCCUUGAGGUAUUCAAAACACUUAGCUAAUCCAAUGAAGGUGUUGCCGUAAUGUAAUAAAAAUAACUCCUAUGGAUAUAGUCCUCCCUCCUUUUGUAUAUGUUUUUGUGUUUUUUAAUUUUAGGAGAUGUAGCUAUCCAAUCAGCUUGGCUGGCUUGAGCCUUCCUAUGUUCACCCAUACUGCCUGUAAAUUGACACUUUCACAAAAAGGCUGGUAGCUUCCCACCAACUCUCAUUGUCGUAAGUUUGCAAUACUGGUUUACAGCCAGCUGUUUACAUCCCACAGUCUCUGGCAUCUCCACUCUUUAAAAAGAGCUUCUCUGUAACUGCACAGGGAUUUUGGAGUCAAAGGAAGCUCUGGGAAUGAGCUUGCUUUGCAGCUUAUAAUGAUCCUUGCUGGAUGUAACUCAUUCCUUUCAGUGAAACCAUCAUUUUGUUUCUUUGAUUAAAAUCCAUCUGUAAUAGUGAGCCAGUUUGUGGCCAUUCUGUAUACUUGCUGAUCUGAAGUAUGCAAACACUUUUUUUUCUGUAAAUCUUGGAUAAGGUUAUAUCAGAAUUUGUAGGAAUAGCUUUAACAUACUGUUUACACCAUAUGUAAGAACAUGUCUGCAUUUCUGUGCGGAGCCAUGUUACACAUGGCACGAAGGGGCCAUAUCCAAGGCUCUUCACAGAUCUGGUGUGACUGACAUCGAACAAAAGGUCCAAUUUAAAAUAUAAAGCAAAGAUGUUGAAAGUGUAUUUCUUUAAAAUGUUAAGUCAGGUGCAUAUUAUGAAAGGGUAUGUGCGUCUGUCUCCUGUGAAUUCCUCCAUUAAUAACUUUAUCACUGACCUAGCCUACUGGUGACCUUGUUGCUUGUGUGAGGCUACACUGAAAUUAAUCACUUGAUCAGUUGAAUUGUGUACACAAAGACACUGGGGACUGACACACACCCUUUAUACCUGCACACGUUUACACACUUGCUGAGUCAGACAAUGCGCACCUCAAUGGGCAGCAGAAUGUUCACAGUUCUGCUGCUGCACCGGCUGGUACUGGGUCCCAUUUAAUAGUAGAUAAUUACAGAACACAAAGAGGAGGGACAGUACCUUUGUUCACUGGUCGAUCACUAUAUGAAAGAUUAUAAACGUUUACUUACAAAUGUUAUUCAGUUUAAAAAGUGUGUUUUCCUUCUUUCCCCUUGUUUAAACCCACUUGGGUGAAAACUAGUAAGAAAAUCAUUUACUUGUUUAGGAAACUAUAUGAAAAAAGUUUUUAAUGCUGUUCUAAGUAUUGCACCUUUUUCUGUUUAAUUUUUUAAGAAUUGUCCUCAUUGUUUUGCUGUAGGUGUUGAAUUUUUCUUAAAGCAAUGUAGUAUGGCAGUGGGAUGGAGGAGAGGGUGAACAUGGAAAAUAAGCAAUGACUUGCGUUGGGAGGAAGGAGUGGGAGAUUUGACAUCUUUCAUCGUUAGUCUUUAACUGCUGAAGAGAUUGGAUUUGGAACCACAUCAGUGUCACAUCUAUUAAGUGACCAGAAGUGGCUGCAAUUAGAAAUUGCUGCUUUAAUUGUGUUUUGGAUUGUAUUCAAUUAGCCAACCAGUUCGCAUUUCCCCUGUUCACCCAGACUUGUGGUCACUUUGCAUUUGCCAUGCCCCACCCCAAUCAUAUACACACUACCCACUUCCCUCGUCUUGUUGACGUGUGUAUAUGCACACCAACCCAUACACUUGUUCACUCCUGUGUGCUUAGUCUUCUUCCAGCACUUUGUGGAGUUAAAUCUUGAACAUUAGGGAGAUGCCCAAAUGUGUUUGGCCUUGUCCCGUUUACAUAACCUUUAGGGCUGUGUCGAGAAUUAUUGAGUCCAAUACUUUAGAGUUUUGCAUUUUUAAAAUGAGAUGACCAGUUUCAGAUUGAACAGACUGGUAACAAUUGAAUUUGGUGGAACAGGGAUAUACUCUAGUGUUGAGUGCUGUAUCUGACCCAGCUGCCCAGACCCUGUCCAAUAGAGGAGACAGUGGAUGUGGUAAUAAUAGUCACCCAAAGCUGCAAAUUUGUUUUUGCUCUGUUUAUUGACUGAGGCAGUGCUUGUAUUGACUAAUCUAAAAUGAGAUGGAUUAGGAAGGAAAUUUACUCAUUAUUCAUCGCACUUUGUUCCCAUUUUGUUUUGGAGAAGUAAGUUUGUGGAAGCUAAGCAAUUCAAGUGAACUGUACUGAUUUUCAAAAAAAAUCUUGUUUCCAAAUAUUGUUGGCACAGUCCUAUAAAUUCUCUUUCCAAGGCAUAGAAAAGUCAGAAAUCAAAAGAAAAGUUGAACCGUUCUUCCAUCAAACAGGAUUAAAAAGACCAAAAAUAUGUGUUUUGUAUUUUUAGAUGGAGUAACUCUGGGAGCAUUUGACAGUGUUUUGUUUCUAAUUUAAUUAGCAUUUUUAUUUUGUUCUGCUUCUAUAAUUUUUUCCUCCUAAAAUUUAAAGUUCUCAGGAAUUUUUAGGGGAAAAGCCAGUUCCCAAAAUGUUGUUUUUUUUAAAUAAAGAGGGAAUUAAAAAGCUAAUGUCUGACUCUGAGAUUUAGAUUUUUCAGUCUUUGUUACACCGGUUCCAAUUCUGUCUAAUAACUAGAAAUCUACUUAAAUGGUAAUACCUCAUUGCAGUCCUGUUAGAAUAUUUGGAUUACAAGCAAUAUGCUUCCACAAAAGUUAAUGUGUAUUCUGCCUGAUCCAGCAAGAGCAAUUCUUGUUGUGAUGGUGGGAUGUGGCAGAACUGAGGUGUUGUUGACCUAAUACAAUACAUCAUGUCCUACCAAUUCUUUCUCAACAUGCCAAGGAUCAUUUACUAACUUGACAAUUUUGUUAAAAUAUUGGACUCUGGGUGUAAAUGUCCACUCAAGGCUGUGUACAACUGAUUUUUUUGUCUGAAUCUUCAGGCAAGCUGGUCCUGAAAUCUAAUCUGGGUUUGGGACCAGUCCGCAGGGCAUUCAGUGUUCUGUGUAUACAUACAUUGGUCCAUUUCCAGCUUCUGAGCAAAAUGUCUAAGUAGUUUUAUUUUCAGGCAGAAUAUUAAUGAAAGUAAGCAGGACAAUUCUGAAGUAAGCACAAUGUUUUUAUCUACCCCAUUCCCCUCACCAGUUUGAGCCGUUCCAUCUUGACAGGGCCAUUUCCUGUGAUAUUCACAGGACCUGGUCGAAAGAACUGCAAGUAGUUUCUCAAGCUGUUCAGUCACUUUUUUUCCCAUGCCUGCAGUGUUUCAGAAAGAGGGGACUUCAGAGAGUUGCAUGGGAGGAUCACUAGUUUCUACUAAGUUGUGGACCUCGUGCUGUGUUGUGCUGUUGCUGCUGCUUUAUCUACUGCCACUGGUUAAUGUUGAAUCAUGCCAAUUAAAAUGGGGGGCCUUUUAACAGCAGAGUUCUGGGACUUUGCACUAAUGCCUGUAAUACUCCCUAAUAUUUCACUUUGAUCCAAAACCCUUGUUUGGCAGAAGCAGAAGCCUACCUAGAGUCCCCCUUCACUGUGGGAAUUUAAAUAAAAUAUAAAGUUGCAUUAUGUAGUAAUUUUAUACCACUUUGCAGAAUAACAUUUGUUCAGGAUUUCCCCUUCAUGAACGAUGCCUGGGAAGUAACUCAAUGACUUGAAUCUUCCAUUACAAAGAUUUUAUUUAAUUAAAGUAAAAUUAGUUCUUAUGAAAUUUUAAGUACCAUAAAAUAGUUGGUAUUAUGGACAACUGGUAUGUGGAAGUAUGGUGCGAAUUGAGGGGUGUUCCUGAUUGGGCGCAAGUCUCUAGUGGAAGAUAAGUCAUUGUGCAGUAAAGCCACCUUGAAUUAAUGUAACAUUUAACCAUUGGUUGUGCUUGUAGGGUACUGGAGUAUGACGGUGUGAAUUGAGGCACCCUCCCCUGGGCACAUUUUACCAACUGUAAUAGGUUUGAAUUCUGCUGAUAACCCCAAAGUGAUCUUGCAGGCACGUUUUACAGUACCAGUCCCAGGAGAAAUAAGAUUUACAGCUGUACAAAGCAUCUUGAGGACUGGGGAUAGGGAGACAAACUGCCUGAAUACAUGUAUGCCAGUAGUUUGUGUGCAGUCUGUUGGAACCAGGCAGAGGUCAGUUUUGUUUGGCUGUUACUAAAGAUAAAUUAAGAAAAGACUGGAAGUACACUUUUAGGAAAGAAGGUAUGACAAAAAUCAGGUGAUCCAUUUGCAAUUUAAAGAAAAGGAAAGGUUAAUAUUUCAGUAUGGAAACUAAAAAUGCAUUCUUGUUUUUUUCAGAUGUGAACUAAAUCAGCUAUACAUUUCAAGGCUGCUUUUUUAUUAUAUUUAUUCUUUGUAGCGAUCCUGUAAAUUCUUUUGUAUUCUGGUAGGUUUUUCUGCAAUUUAGCCCUAUUCGGAGUUCUGAUCCCAGAUUGAUGGCAAUCUCACUAUUACAUAAGUAACAUUACUUUGAUCUAUGCAGAUCACUGCACCAUGACCCCAGAACACUGGUUACUGACAGGUGCAUUAGGAAUGGGGCAUGAAGGAUGCUUUUUCAAAUCUGAUAUCUGUAAUGUCAGCUCCUGAAGCAAUGCCCAUGUUUAUUAGGAGACGUGGGAUAUCUGGCUGUUAGGAAAUGAGUGACAAUGAGCUUCCUGCCUUUCUCAGAUCUUUGAAUGUGGAGGAACCUUCAGGACACAAGGGCCCUGGGAGAAAUUCAGGGGUGGAAAGAUCCAGUGUGGUGUCUGCAUAGUUGAUAAAAAGGUAUUUUGAAGUCCAUCAGAAAUUUGGCUUGUAUCAUAACAAUUCGUUUUUUCAGCGUGCAGUACCAUUAUUUACAUUGUAGCUAUCAUGCUAUAUUUUAAAGUUACUGUCUACUUGGAAAAUGUUAUUUUCUGCAAUUGAUGUGGCUUUGCUUUAUACUUCUCAUCAAAUUUUAUUUUUUAUGUUUGAAUGCUAAUCUCUUGAUCUUCCCAUGAUCCACUUUUUGCCCUCUGGUGACCCUACUGUCCUAGUCCCUUUGUGACACUGGUGCUCUACUUUUCUCACUGGAGCUUUGUAUCUGACUGUAAUUGCAACAACCGAAGGCCAAAAUUACACACACACUUGGUUGCUGAGCACUUUUUGGGCAGAUCUUUUGCUGCAAGCUUUCCAUUUCCCUGAAACUAAAUAAUGAAAAAAAGCUAAUUCCAUGUUACUGAUUAAACGUCCAAGCUUUUCAAAUGAUCCCAAUGCAUAUUACUGACUGACUUUAAAGGGUCAUUGGACCCUCAUUCACCUUGCAUUCAAUUUCCCUUGGAGAUCCAUAGACUUUGAAUUGGACCAAUUUAAAAUGUAGGCGUGCCUUCAAACGGCACUCAGCACCUCAGUUCCUUGUUUUUGUCUUAUCAAUCAGGUAGGCUAUAUUCCCUGAACUGCAUUUUGAUAAAGUACAGUUUUAGCAUUUACAUUUUUUAAUGUCGUAUUUAUUGAUUUUAAAUGGUGUAGGGCCACAGCACGAGCAUUCACGAACCAGUGUUGUAUUUAUUUCCCAUUUGAAGAGGGUAGUUUUAUGCCUUGAUAUUAAAAACAGUACUGUUAGUGGAGGGGUGAGAUCCCUAAAUGAAGUUGAAGUCUCAUUCCAAUCUCUAAAACAGAGUGCUCCAAAUGUACUCUGGAAGUUGAUUAGUCAUGAUUCGUUGUUCCUGGUUGCAUAGGCUGUUGGGGUGGCAUUGAUUGGAAUGUGGAAGUAACUGGCAAGGAGAAUGUUGCCCAGAGAGCCAAUGUUAGGAACUGCAUGGUUACCAUCCUGGUUAGGCACCAGAGCUGUGCUAAGCCUUCAAGGUGAAUGCAAUGUGCUGCUGAGAGUUUGAUUGCACAAUUGUAAGUAUUUCAGUUAAUGUGUGUGCACUUUUGUAAUUGGUUGUAGUGUCAAUCAUAACUGUAGCUUUUAAAUUGGUUCCUUUUUAAUAUGUGUUGGGGUGGGAGAAAGAGAGAGAACUCAAGACCUAACUAAGUUAGAGUAUUUGGAGUUAUGUUGGGAUCAGAUACCACAUCUUUCUAAUGGGAACAGUGCCAUUGUACAGCCUGAUUCCUUGGUUUAUUUCUGACUUUGACCAUUUGGAUUUUCAAAGAAUAUCGCACUUUGGUAAUUUGUGAUGAGAAUCUCUGCCUUUUGAACAAGUGUAUGUCUUACUAAACUGAAUCAGUAGUUGUGACUGAGAAUUGUUGAUUGGUUGCUAACUUCUGCUAAAGACAAUAUCAAAUGAUCCAGGUCAUUGCUGUGUUCUGUCAGGAUUUUCCUUCUAUCAGCAGUGCGAAGUAUAUUCAUUGUUUGUUUACUAUUUGGUAAACCGAACACAAAAAUGAGAAUUUUGAUAACAUUGUUGGGAGUUUUGUGGAAAGCUGUAAAGUAACAAAAAAAAACAUUCUGCCAUCUGUCUUGACUGUCCUUCAGCUCCCCCUUCACAAUAACAUUAUUUUAAAUGUAUCAGCAUCUGAGGGUGUAAUAGCUAUGCCUCUACUGAAUCAUUCUCCCUUUUUCAGAGUCAACAAUUGGCUUUGCUUUGGAAAUUUCCUUUAAAGCAGUAUCGUUUUCUAAAAACAAAACUUUGAAUUUCAUUGAUCUAAAAGUGUAUUAUAUUGCACAAUAUCUUUAGUGUAUAUUAAGGAAGAGUUUUUUUUUGUGUUAAGUAUUAAGAAUUUUGUUAGAGCAGAGAGGUGACUCAAACUUGUAAAAAAAAAAAAAUCCGUUUUAAUUGCAUGUGAUGUGUAUCUUGCUCCUUGCAAUUCCACUUUUUCCCCUUAGUGGCAGUUUAAACUCAGAAUUGUAGGAUGGUGCGUGCUGUACUUUUGAGUAGGUAUUUGUCUUUCUCUUUCUCUCUCUCUCUCUCUCUCUGAGUUGAAUCAUGCCCGAGAGAAGGAAUGUCAUAAAAUUGUUUUUUUGUAAAGUUUUUGUCCUAUGUAUCUUCUAAGUUCACCAGCUCAGCACCAAAUAUAGAAAGUGAAAUUCGUGUGUGUGUGUGUGUGUGUAUGCGUGCCCACGCAUGCUGUUUCAGUGCUGUUAUUAACCCAUGUUAAUUUAGGGUUUUAACUUUGGUUGUGUGUGUAUUAUUUUGACAAUGUGCUGACAAUAGUGUGCGAGGGCCUUCAGCCUCUGCGCUCUCCCCAGGAUGUAGCAGUCUGUUCCCAUACUUUGUGUUCCCUCUUCCCUCUGCUUCACUGCAUCAUAAUACUUUUUUUGUUUACAUGAUAUUUGGAUUUAUUUAAGACCGGUUGAUCUGAUGAAGUCACCCUUGCCUCAUCCUCCCCUGCCCCAGUCUUCUCUUGACCCAUCCGCCCCAGUCUUGCCUCUCUGACACAUUUAACUUUGUGUACAAAAUGGGCUGCAUUUUGCCUGGACCCAUUGUGGGGUUCUGUGUUGUACAUAGAGGCAUUAAAAAACCAUUGUGGAUUGGGGUGGGGGGCAUGAGGGAGGAGAUUGAAUUACACUGUUUACACUUGCCUGAUUCAAUUGCUGUGACUCAGUGAUUUUUAAAAAAAAUUAUGUUGCUGCACCAUGAUGACAUUUAACAAUAACACUUCUUUGCUGGAGUUUACAGGGUGUAUGUUAACAUGGAACAUUUAUUGCCUCGUAAACUGGGGUAAGAAAUUAUCAAUAAAACUGGACUAUAUGGCAGGGAGUUAAAUAUGCUCCCUCCCCUCAAAGUUGCAGAAUGGUCUUGCCUGGGAUUUCAACCUUAGUUGGGUAUUGGUGCAGCAGUCAGUUAUACGCAGUGCAGUAAGGAGGCAGCAUAUCGGAACUGCUCAGGAGAAGUUGAAAUUUUUUUUCAGUUGCAGUCAGUUCAGAUAAGUGAUCUGUAUAUAAACCUUUUACAAUGUUAUCACUCAUCUAGGGUAGAAUUUGGCAACCGAGAAGGAAAAGAUUGUUUAAAAAACUUACUCUGAAAGUACUGUGAAUUAUAUAUAUUAAAAAAAAACUUAAAUUCUGUGGUUCCAAGGAUUUCUCGAAUUCUGUUUUUAUAAAUGAAUCCUAAUGUUAUAUAAUAAGCAAUUUAGAACAUUUGCAAAGGAAUUUGCUGAUAUGUCUUACAUUAAGCAUGUGCGUAUUUUGAUAGGUUUUGAAGAAAAAAAAUAUAUGGAAUUCGGUGUUCGGGAUAAUUGGUCUGUUUGUUAUUUGGAUAUCUGACUUCCUACCGUGCCUGCCCCGGUACCAGUUCAGUAUUGGUGCUAUCAGAUUGUUGCUUCUUGUAUUGUUAAAUUUCGGCAUGGCAAACCUGUAGCACACGCGGUGGGAAGCCUGGCUCCCCAGGCAUGGUGGCAGUGACUUUGAAAUUGCCUAUGGCCUCAACUGACCUGUCAGUGCUGGGUGAGAAGUUCUCAAUUCAUUUUGAGCCAGUCCACGCAUUGGGUUGCCAUGGGUAACCCGCUAAUCCAUCUUUUCGGGGGGGGGGGGGGAGGGUUUGGUGCUGGGAUUCAGUAGGACACAAGUAUGAACUUGAUGCCAUUUGCUGUUCUGUGAACACACCUGCCCUGCUUGGCACAGUGGUUGACAGGGCUUCGUGCAAAAUUAUCUUGUCAUCCAAACUCCUUCUGGGUUGAAGGUAGGUUUUGUGACGGUGAGUAGUUUCGCAGGGAAGUGGGUGUGAAAGAUUUCAGAAGGAAAGAUUUUUUUUUAUAUAUAUAUAUAUAUGUGUGAUUUAUAUAUGUAUGUAUAAAAUGCACUGUUGUCACUAGGAUUACUUAGCGUAUUGGUGCCAAUACACUAUAGGAAAAAUAAAUCUUUCUUAAGCCAAUACACUUUAUAAUGCUCCUAAUUCAUCAUUUAAAAUUGCUCCCAUCACUAUCAGCAUUGAUCAGGAAUAGUAAAUACUAAAUGUCACCCCAGUAUUAUACAAAUCUGGAUGUAUGAACACUCAGCAUUCUACAUUUGGAAAGGCAGGAUCUAGAUUUGUAUAGCUAGAUGUUGCUUUCACAGUUCGAGGCCAAGGUUUACCACAAUCCCAGUGACAACGCAAUAAUCUAUAAACAAAUUAUGAGAGAGAGAGAGAGAGAGAGAGAGACGAGACUAGCAUGUAUCAAAGAAAAUGAAUGUAUUUCAUCAUUUAAAACAAAAAAUGACCUGCAAAAAUUUGUUUAAAAGGAUACUGACUUUUUAACCACAGCUGGAGGGGUGGGAGGGAGGAAGGAGAGAGAACAUCCCAUUAGUGGGAGCCAUUGCCUUUUAAUUAGAAAAAAGAAAAUCUGAGAACUAUGCAUUCUGUAACCAGGAUAGGUACUUAAUAAGAGAGAAAAAACAAAAUCACUGGUUCAUUAACAAAUUGUGUUGCUCUAUGUAGUUUGUACAAAUAAGCUGGAGAGUUUCCAUUUCUUGGUCUGGCCAUAGCUGGUACUGUAUCCCCGUCGCUGGAAUAAUAAGGGUGAAUUUCUUUUAUAUAUCAGAGCAAAAUAUUAAAGUCUGUCAUUUCAUUGAAACUGAAAAACAAAAAGUUGUUCUAAUAGGUAUAUAUAUAAAGAAUUUUGAAAUUUGCUUUUAUCCGUGGUUUGUUUUAAAGAUGUGAUUGUAAUUGUGCAACACAGUUGCUUCAGUGGACUACAUAAUUUUUCUUGAGAAAAAAAAGAAUAAACAUGUUGUGUUUGGCUGCUAAGCAUUA